CUCAAAAUGGCGACGCUCGACGCGCAUGUGGCCAAAGUGCUGGACAGGCAGAGGCCUGGCCCGGAAUGCGACGAUGAGGACGCACUCAUCGCAGAACUGGAAGACGACGAAGAUGCUGCGCUUUCCGCCUUUCGCGAGCAGCGACUUGCACAGCUUCAUGCCGAAGUCACGCGCGCCAAGCUCAUGAAGGAUGGCUCUCACGGCACUGGCAGCUGCGCCGAGAUCAAGGACGAAAAGCAACUGAUGGACAUCACCACGACCGCAAGCCUGUGUGUCGUGCACUUCAUGAAGCCCGACUUCCGUCGCUGCCGCAUCAUGCACGACAAGCUUACCGUCUUGGCUGCGAAGCACUUUGACACCAGAUUCGUCAGCAUCAACGUCGACAACGCUCCUUUCUUGGUGGUCAAGCUGGGCGUCAAAGUGCUGCCUUGUGUCAUUGCCUUCAAGGAUGGUGUGAGUGCCGACAGAAUCAUCGGCUUUGAAGGCAUUGCAUGCACGCCGGACUCUUUCACCGCCAGCGAGUUGGAAGCGCGAUUGCUUGCAAGUGGCGUGCUGACCAGAGCAAAGAUGACCGACGAGGAUGACAGAGCGCGAGCACGAAAGCAGAAAGAAGAGGCUGGAACUGAAUAUGACGAUGAUGAUGAUGAUGAUGAUGAUGAUGACUGGGAUUGAGCAUGCCUGUGAUCUGCUAAAAUCCACCUCUUGUUAUUCCUGAUCGACAGGAGAAAAGCCAGCUCCAGAGCGCCUUGACUGUCUCGAAGAGACCUCGCUG